AUGAUUCAUCCACUAGUCCUUCCCCCCAAGUCCUCCCUGCGCCUCCUAGAUGCCCCCUCCCCUCCGCAGCUCGACCUGUGCUUCCCAUCCUCAGCAAGGGAGAUCGUCGUGGCGCGAGGGCCUCGUGUGUUACUGCGGGCCCUCCAUCCCUGUCGAGGGAAGAAGACCCCAAGCAUCCCUGCCGAGGGAAGAAGACCCCAAGCAGCCCUGCCGAGGAAGAAGACCCCAAGCAGCCCUGUGAGGGAAGAAGACCCCAAGCAGCCUGCCGAGGGAAGAAGAACCCCUGAGGGAGAGAAGACCCAAGCAGCCCUGUCGAGGGAAGAAGACAGGCAGCCCGAGGAAGACCCCAGCCCUGGAGGGAAGAAGACCCCAAGCAGCUCCUGCCGAGGGAAGAAGACCCCAAGCAUCCCUGUCGAGGGAAGAAGACCCCAAGCAGCCCUGCUGAGGGAAGAAGACCCCAACAUCCCUGCCGAGGGAAGAAGACCCAAGCAGCCCUGCGAGGGAAGUAAGACCCCAAGCCCUGUCGCAGGGAAGAAGACCCCAAGCAUCCCUGUCGAGGGAAGAAGACCCCAAGCAGCCCUGCCGAGGGAAGAAGACCCCAAGCUGCCGCUGUCGUGGGAAGGAAAAGAAACCCCAAGCAGCCCUGUCGAGGGAAGAAGACCCCCAAGCAGGCCCUGCGGGGAAGAAGACCCCAAGCAGCCCUGUCGAGGGGAAAAAGACCCAAGCAGCCCUAGGGAAGAAGACCCCAAGCAGCCCCCAAGAUCCCUGCCGAGGGAAGAAAGACCCCAAGCAUCCCUGCGAGGAAGAAGACCCCAAGCAUCCCUGUCGAGGGGAAAGAAGACCCCAAGCGCCCUGUCGAGGAAGAAGACCCCAAGCAUCCCUGCCGAGGGAAGAAGACCCCAAGCAGUCCCUGCGAGGAAGAAGACCCCAAGCAUCCCUGCGAGGAAAGAAAGACCCCAAGCAGCCCCUGCCGAGGGUAAGAAGACCCCAAGCAUCCCUGUCGAGGGAAGAAGACCCCAAGCAGCCCUGCUGAGGGAAGAAGACCCCAAGCAUCCCUAUCGAGGGAAGAAGACCCCAAGCAUCCCUGUCGAGGGAAGAAGACCCCAAGCAUCCCUGUCGAGGGAAGAAGACCCCAAGCAUCCCUGCCGAGGGAAGAAGACCCCAAGCAGCCCUGCGGAGGGAAGAAGACCCCAAGCAGCCCUGUCGAGGGAAGAAGACCCCAAGCAGCCCUGCGAGGGACCCCAAGCAUGCCGAGGGAAGAAGACCCCAAGCAGCCCUGUCGAGGGAAGAAAGACCCCAAGCAAGCCCUGUCGAGGGAAGAAGACCCCAAGCAGCCCUGUCGAGGGAAGAAGACCCCAAGCAGCCCUGUCGAGGGAAGAAGACCCCAAGCAGCCCUGUCGAGGGAAGAAGACCCCAAGCAGCCCUGUCGAGGGAAGAAGACCCUGCCGACGUAGCUCCUCAAGCGUCUCCGUCAUCAGCGAGUCCAUCAGAAGCGACGCUCGAGUGGCGACGCGAAAGUUAAAAUAUCAAAGCAGAGACUUCAAAGGAAUCACAACAACAUGGGCAUGUCCGACCCUUCCCUCGCCCGCCUCAUCUUGUUCUAGAGGAAAACUGAGACCCCUUCCAUUAGAAAGCCAAAGAACUGUACCUCCCGUCGCAGAAGACGACCCCUCACACGACCUUGUUUCACCAAGCAUGGCCUUCGGUUGCUGGUUAUAUCAGAUGGGGGACCUGAUCCUUAUCACUUCGGUGGAUAGGUGUAUCGACAAGCGCCCGAGAACAGAGUGCCAUCCAGUGCCGCUCCAGGAUGUGGCCCUCGCGACGCCGGGGUGCCGAGGCGACUAA